AUGCCCCAGAAUGCGCAACGACCCUCACAAUAUUGUCUCCUCCAGUCCAGCGCCUUCCACACAUCCCCAUCUCGACUAGCACAGUCACCGACAGCCGACGCGCUGAUGGAAGACCUCAACGAACUCUACGCGACGGCAAAAGACGAGUUUGAAAUUGCGGCCGAGGAGACGGAGAAGAAGACCGUGUAUGCGGAAGACGACCGGGAAGCCGCACAGGAUGCCCUGAAAAUGCUGCAGGAUGGCUUUCAGAAGGCCAUCAAGGAGAGCUCGCCGGACGUGGCCAAGGAGGUCCAGUCACGCGUUGGUCCGAGGAUAAGAGAGCUCGAGAACGCUAUCAAAGCAAUGGAGGAAAUGGCCAUGGAGGACUGA